AUGGUCGUUCCAUUGAACAUGCGACGCUUUAUUUGUAUACUUGCUGCCAUCUUGGUGCCUGCUGUAUAUGCAGCAGAGGCAGACGAUGCUUUUGAUCGUGAACGCAGUCAGGAUGACUCGGCACUAUUCCGGGGUUCUUCGGCGCAGCCACCCGGAGAUGUCUUCCUGGCCAAAAGGGACCGUACAAGUGAACUUGCUGGCGUCUCGGUGCUGCUGCUGCCCGAGAUGCCAGGAUUGGGUGGUGGUGACGGAGGUGUAGAGGCGAGACAGCAGCAGCGGUGUCCGUAUCCGGUCAUGUGCUCGUCGCGGUCUUGCUGUCCUGCUGGCUAUAAAUGCUGCAACGCUGGAGCGCCGCCGCUGUGCUGCCCCUCGGCGUACGCAUGCCGGCUGGACCGGAAUAAUUGCUGCCCCAACACGGCCGUGACGUGCGGCGGGAAAUUCUGCGCCGAGCAAGGGUCGAUUUGCUGCGGCACGAGCAUAUGUCCGUCUGGGACGCAGUGUAAUACGAAUGGUGGGCGUGUGUCGUGCUGUCUGCCCGGUGAGAUCAAGUGUCUAGGAACCUGCUGUCCUGCGGGAUCGCAAUGCGCAGCGCAGGCGGGCUACUGUCGGCGUCUGGUCCUCACGAAGACGACGACGCAAAUCACCACGACGCGCACUCGGACCACGCAGUCGACGCAGACGUCCACCAGCACCAGAAUCGUCGAAUCAUCAAAGACGUCCACCCGCGCCAUUACAGUCUCGGAAUCGAUCUCGGUAUCGACAUCGAAAUCCACCCGGACCACCGUCGUCAGCAGCUCACGGGUAACCUCCACGGCCAAGACGUCCGAAACGGCAUGCGCCGUCAACGGCGUCGCCCGGCGCGGCGACCAGCACGAUCCCACGCUGCAGAGGCGGCAGAACCUGCGCCCCAACUGCGUGUACGAGUGCCACAACGGCCAGACGCUGCCCGUCGUCGAGGUGCCCAACAUCCCUGGCCAGACGGACCAGCUCUUCUUCAGCAUGUGCUCGGGGAUUCUGGCGACGGGGUCCGGACGAGGCGGGGACGGACGCAGCUUUGACAUCCUGACGUACAAGGGGGCGGACGGCAAGGCGCUGCGCCGCAGCCAGGCGCGGUGCAAGGGCUACUGCGCGGCGCAAAGGGCCAUCUUUAACGAUCCGGCGAGUCUGCAGUGCGACGAGUAUCCUCCAGCCAUGGCGGGGGAGGGCGGUGCAGGAGCGUUCAAGGUGUGCAUUCCCAACUCGCAGAACUCGGGCGCCCAGGGGAAAUUGUUCCGACGGUUCGUGAGCGACUGCGCGCCGGCCAAGGGGACGCAGUUUGUCGUGCGCAUGAACGGCGGGUGCAACGUGCGCAACGACAAGCGAUCACCCGCUUCUUUUCCACCACAGCAGCUCGCCACCCGUGCGGAAGAAAAGGAAAACACGUUCAAUGCCUCGAGCAACGUGCUGUACUCGUGGGACAACAUGACGUACAUGUACGUGCCGCUGCCGGCGCUGCAAAACGGGCACUACCGCAUCGAGAUGCGGCUGGGCAGCGGCAGUGAGGUGCGCGGCGUGCAGGUGACGGAUAGCGACGGCGAGGACCACUAUGCGAGCAACGCGGCGGUUCAGAGUGGGCAGCAUGUGGUCGAGUUUGAUAUCACGGAUGUGGAUGUAGAUGCUGGGGAGGAAGGGGAUGAGCUGCCCGCGGGCCUGUUUCUGGAUGUGGACGAGGCGGUGGAGGUGAGCUAUCAGGCCAAUGCGACGUUGAAUGGGACGACGCAGAGCGGGAAUGAGUCAAAGGGGAGUCGGACGGUAGGAUGGGGGUUUGUGUCUUGGUGGCUGCUUGUAGCAGCGGCUGUCAUGAUUGAACUGUGA